AUAUUUAACAUGGAUUCAACAAGCCAUGAGUUGAUUUUGUUGAAUGUAACAAGUUCUGUGACAUCCUUUACGUCUGAGAGACGUUUUGGUAACGACACGCUAAUUGCUGCGCUGAAAGGCAAGUUGGAGCUUAUAACUGGCGCAACUGCGCGCUAUAUGACUCUAGAACUUUAUGACAAAGACAACAAACUGGUGAAAGUACUUGAAAAUGAUGAUGAAACGUUGAAAUCGUACAAAGUAACUAACGGCAUGAGAAUUCACGUUGUUGACAAGGACCCGGCGCACACGGUCGGGGACUUCGAGGAUUUGAGCAAAGUUGAAAAGUAUGAAAUGUCUGAUGAUGCAUACGCGAAACGAGAAGACUCAGUAAGGUCGUUCAAGCAGAGAAUGAAAAUGGGCAGAUUUGCUGAUCAGAAUCCAGAGAAAAUGAAAGAGAAAGCAGACAAGGAACGAACAGAAAAGGAGGCAGCCAAGGGCAUUGCUGUCGGUUCUAGGUGUGAGGUACGUGUAUCAGGUAGUGGAGCUAGAAGAGGGACGGUAGCUUUCGUAGGCGAAACGGAUUUUAAGCCCGGAAUUUGGGUUGGAAUGAAAUACGAUGAACCAGUGGGAAAGAAUGACGGCAGUGUUGGUGGUAAAAGGUACUUUAGCUGCGAACCAAAAUAUGGAGGUUUUGUAAAGCCAUCUGUUGUGGUUGUUGGAGACUUUCCAGAGGAAGACAUUGAUGUUAGUGACGAUGAGGUAUGAUGUAGACAUUUAACGAUCGUGUACAGAGGUAAUGAUCUGUGAAUCAACGAAUGAGUGGUGUCAUACAUGUUUUGAGUUUAUGUGCUUUUGUUGGGCAAAGUCAUAUAGAAAAUACUGUAGCAAGAGCUGUUGAAGUCUUUCUAAAUUGAGUGUGUCAUGGGCACUUGUGUCGUGUGUAUGUGUUAUGUCUGUACAUAUGCACAUAGAGCAAUCAAAUUGUAAUGCUUUUAUCGCCUGCUUAUAGACAGAUCGGAGAGCUGGCUUACAAACAAGUGGGCUGGUAGGCUGGCAGGUACUGGUAAUUGG